AUGCCAACCAGAGCUUCCGCUCAAUGCGCUGAACAGAGCACUCUGCCUGCGCACGCGGGACAGAGCACCCUGCCGACUCAACAGACCCCGCAGCCCGAAUAUGUCGCGGACAACACCGCGUGGGGUCGUCUGGUUCCGUGCAGCCCCGAAAUGACCGGCCACAAGUUCGACAAGGCGCAGCGCACGUACUGCAUCGGCGCCGGGCCUCGUAGCGAAGAGGAUGAGCCUUUUGAUAUCGUCCUCCCCAAGACAGGCAGCUUGAACUGCCUCAUUGAGUGGGACGGAAACGAGUCAGCCGCGAAGAUAGUCGACAUGUCCGUGGACGGUGCUGGCGUAUUCCUCAACAGUUGCCGGUGUACGCCGGGCCACUUCUAUGUCCUGCGCGGCGGUUGUGAGAUCACGUUUGCGACCCAGAAAUCGAAGAAGGGGAAAGGAGUCGGCGAAGUUCUCUCCGACGGCUAUCGUUUCAUCUACCUCCACAUGGUACCCAGCCCUCCCGUCCACGGCGUGCACGAGUUCUACGACUUCGAUCGUGAGCUGGGAAAGGGCACUUUUGCAACUGUUCACAAGGCCCUCAACAAGGCGGAAGGGCGUUGGUACGCAGUGAAGGUCAUCCAUACCCACAAGCUCAACUUGCCUCCCGGCUGGUCGACGGAACUUCAAGACGGGCCGCCUGUCGACCGCGCCGUGAAGAAACUCAUGGCAGAGAUCCUGAUCCUCGAACGACUCAACCAUAGAAACAUCUGUCAACUCAGGGAGGUUUUCGCCGAACCUCAUAGACUCAGCCUCGUCUUGGAGUUGGUGGAGGGCGGUGAUCUCCAGACGUAUCUCCUACAGAACAAGAAAGCAUUGACGGAGACCGAGACAGGUCGCAUCCUCUACCAGCUCUGUGAUGCGCUCGCGUAUGUUCACGAGCAGAAAAUUGCACAUCGUGAUUUGAAGCUCGAAAACGUGCUCUUAACUUUGGACGAUCCGCCGGUGGUGAAGGUCGUGGAUUUCGGCCUCGCAAAGGCCAUCAGUACCCUGUCAGACCUGCAGAGCUUGUGCGGCACGCCCACAUAUCUCGCGCCAGAAAUCGCGAGGGACGACAGGGACAGCAACAGGUAUACUGUCGUCGUCGAUAGCUGGAGCGUGGGCAUCAUUGCUUUCAUAAUGCUUACUUAUCAACGACGUCCUUACGUGAAAGGCACAACCGGCGCGGAUAUCAAGACCCAGGUUACUACUCGCCGAAUAAACUGGGAACUGCUACAGAGUUGCGGAGUCAGCAGACAAUGCGAAAGUUUCCUUCGUGGCCUUUUGGAGUAUGAUCCUUCACGACGGACAACGAUGGCGGACGCUCUCCGUGACCCUUGGCUCCGCGCGUACGCGCCGAACGCGUCCAGCCCUGCAUGGGAGGACGGUUCGCCAGCUCCGGCCAUCCUAGUUUCGGUUCCAACUCCCUCUCCUGGAAGACGUUCGACUCUUUACGCCGACGUCACUUGCUCUGCCCCACCUCGGUUAUCAGGCAAGCGCAAGGCCCAAGAUCGGUCCGACAUGUUGCUCAGUCUCACCGCCAAGCUGGAGAUCCCAGGAGAGCGUAGUGUAGUCGCGACCUUCACUGCGACAGCAACACUGGAGCGCGCGGAGACGAGUCGUGGAGGGAAGAAACUGGCCGCUCGGGCUCCGGCGAAGAAGAAGGCUCGUAUUGGCAGCGCUUCGGACACCAUCGCAUCUACCAGAGACGAUCGGGAAGAAGUGCCGGAGCGGGUGCUACCCCGUCGCUCCCCUCGCCUGAACCCGCCUCCGCCGUGAAGUCAUCCGGAGACCUCCAUGUUCAGGAAACAACGAACCCCAGUCACUAGCGCUGCUCCGUGGACCGACGACAGCCGAGAGGGUUUGACCGACAUACGGCCACUCGCACCGGACCUAUCCACCAAUGAAGACAGAGCUGAUCUCGACGCGCUCGCCUCCAAGAAAGAGCCGUACGCAGGGGACCGCUGGGGCGAAUAGCGACGCCGCCGCUGAGGCAAGGUGCCUCAGGGUCGAGGCUCAGUCGACCCGUCUUACUGCGAGGCUGGCGACCUCGCCGUUGCAUAAGGUCGCUGCCAGUCGCCAGGAGGCUGGGACGCGGUCGCAAGGAUACUCCCCGUCGUCUCUUUCUGCAUUGCUUUCGUUCGCCCUCAUGACGCCACAAGUAGCGACACCGCACGCGCUCAACUUGAAGUGCUCUUACUCUCACAGAUCCGCGGUACCGGGCCGUCCUUGUGCUCAUCUCCCAGUCCAUGUCGACACCACCGGUCACACCCGUACCCCUCCUCCAACCCUUGUGCCCCCCAUUCAACUCCUCUCA